AUGGUGGCGUCGGCGUUUGGCAUCGCGGGCCGGCGGCAGGAUCUUAAGCCCAGCGUCAAAGUGUCGUGGGGCGACCGUAACUUCCGCACGGUGAUCAAGAGCGACGCUCCGGGCAUGGAUAUCGAGAACCCGAGCUUCGAUCAGACGUUUAGCUUCCCCAUCACCGCGGGUAUGGUGCCCGGCCCGCCUGUGAGGAUCGCCCUCUUGGACAAGGAGGCCGAGACAGGCGCGAUCGAGGUGUCCAUCGAAGAGGUACUCGCGGCUGCUAAUUUCGCCGUGGAGAAGAAGUUCGAUGUGGGUAACGGUGCGCAGAUCCUUGCCGGAGUAGUAUCUAGCCAUCCGAUCCUCGAAGAUGACAUGGCGAUUCAUCUCAUGAAUAUUCGCCUCCGAAAUUCAGUUUGCAGCGAGCGACGCCGCGACGUAAAGCGCCACAGCAGAGGGUACCAUUGA